AUUCGGUGCAUGUGGCAAAUAAAAUUGUAUUUAAUUUUGAAAAUGCUCCUAAAUACAAUUUAACUUGCUGCUCAAGACUAGAGCCUCCAAAAUGUCUGUGCAGCAGUCUGAACGUUUGAUGUCCCUAGUAGAUUUUAGCUAGCUACGGUAUCAUUCCACUUUUAUCUGUGGUAUCAUAGCUAACCUGGCUCGCUUGCAUUAUCAAAUAAUGUUGUAUAACCAAAAGUAGCUACUACCUAGUACCAGUUAUCUACUUAGCUAAUUACUCACCAACACCAGUGGUUUGACGUUGACAUGCAGCAGAUUUGACCGUGUCGGUUGUAAUCCAUUCCUGGCCAUAUUGUUGAAAUGCAUUGGAAGUUUGCAUCAUCUCUAUGUAAGGCCAUUUUCACCCCUAUUUGCUGUGCUUUGGACCCAUAUGCAGACUUGACAACAAAUAUCCACAUGGCAGCUGGACCACAGCUGGGGGGUGUGUUGUCUCUGGGCAAUUGGGCAUCAUUGGCAAAAGUGGGCAAGUAAAUCCAAACCAACCCUCCAGUAAGUCGUGACUCACUAACAAAACUCAGUGUUGGACGAGACUGACUUUAUGACCAAAAUUAUCCUUUGUAGGCAAUUUUGACACUAGAAUGACUGUCAUAUCGAUGCCACAUAGGCCGUUUAAAAACAGAGAAGUUGGUUCUAAGCUAAGGGGUUGACCUUCAAGUGUGGGACCAUGCCUUUAAAUUAUCAAACCAUUAAAGAGUGUCAAAUAAUCAAAUCAACUAACACGUUUGCAUAUUAUCAAAUCAAUUAAUAUUUUUGUGUAGUACUCAUAGAAAUCCCCCAUUGCCCAAUUAGAAGAUGCUCCAUAGCAGGGUGUUCAUAUCAGAUUUCUUGAUCCAACAUCCUCUCACUCUGUAUCUCUUACAGUCAGUAGACAUGGAGGAUGGGAAGCCUGAUCUGCUGCUGGUCAAAGAGGAGACAAUAGAAGAUGAACCAGAGAGCAUUGAUCUGCUGAGUGGACUAAAGAUGGGGGAGCAAGGUGGUUGGCUGGAGGCUAACAGAGAAGACUGGGCAGCCAUCUUAGAUUCCCAGAACCAGGCCAGCGCAGCCAGGGACCCGGGGGACAACAUCACAGAGCAGGCCAGGACCAGAGGCAACAUAGUGGAGUCUGCAGUCCAUGAGGACCUGCUGAUAUCCGGUGUUGCUGGCAGGCGAGACUGGACCUCUGAGGCGGCUGGUCACAAACCUUGGCUCCGGAUCAGGACCCUGGAUCAGGAGCCGUCACUUUUCCUUUCCGAGUCAGAAACAGAACCGAACCGUGAGGGACAGAGACUCCACCACAACCACCACACAGAACACAACCAGUGGACAGGUGGACUAAACAACCUCAGUCCUACUGGUCAUCAGAUAGACAGAGGCUCCAGUCAUGGAUCCAAUCUGCAGCCCAGACCCUUCUCUUCACAGUCUCAGUGCAGGGAUGAAGCAGGGCCUGAGGCUGAUAGAGAUAGGCCCUCCUGUUCCUAUGAUACAAACACCACAGUAUCCAUGAUGAACAGAGCAGGUCACCCUGGGCUUCAGCCUUCACAGAGAGUAGUGGGAGACACCCCCGGUGAGAGUCUAACAGGAAGUCUGUCUUCUCCUUCAGGAUCUUGUCUAAUGCCUGGUGAAUGGGUUCAUAGAAGGCCUGGACCUGGGUCUAGCCUUCCUCAAUUACCUCAUGGUUACCCCACCAAUACAGACAGGGUCAGGAUGGGCGUUCACCACAAGAGGUACCUAUCCUAUAACACAGCACACAAUCCUAACAACACCCAAACAAUGGCUAGAGGUCAAGGAGGGAGCUUAAAGACUAACCACCUGAGGGUGGUGACUCCUGCUUCUGCCUCGUCUGGUGUCAUUGGGUCACAACGUGGGAGGCCGUGUAUUAGGACGGACGCCGACAAGCCGUACGCCUGCCCCACAUGUGGGAAGCGCUUUGCUAGGGCAGACUAUUUGAGGGAGCACCAGGCCGUUCACACCAAGGACAAGCCCUUCAAGUGCAAACUAUGUUACAAGAGCUUCUCCUUCCUGACUAACCUUAUCAGACAUAGGAGUGUCCACAACCGGGAGAAAUUGUAGCAGUGUGGCUCGAGAUGUACGCAGGGGAUAUCUGUGAACUAUGCUUACGUUGACAUAUAGUUGUGUUUUUGGGUAAGAGGCUAAUUUACCACAUACCCUUCAUUAACUUGUCAUUUGAAACAGGCUUGUAAAUACCUGUUUUUAGAGAGACAGUAAACCUGGGCUAGAACAAGGACAGUUAAAUAUUUACCUUACUGAGGUGAUAUAGAUGGAAUAAAGUCAUUCUAAUAUUUUCUACUGUAUUCUUGCUGUAUUCACACUGUUCUUUCUAAACAAGUCUGCCCUCAGCUUGAAAGAUACUGACAUUGGGAGAUUUGAUGUGUAAUGUAAUAAACAGUACCAUAAUUCAAAGAGCAGCAUGCAUACCUUUUUCAUUGAAGCACACCCUUUCAGCUAUGAUGCCAACCAAUAAGAUCAUUUCUCUUUAUUGUAGAACAAUUUCCACGUUUGUGUUUAUUGUUGUUAUUUAGACAUUAAAGUCCUGGAACUCAAAAUAUGCCACAUUUAACUGCACGGCAUCACAUACUUACUGC